AUGGUUAGUCCCUACCCAAACAACUGCAAGCCACUAAAUAAUGUUUGGCAGUACUUGGGCCAGUUUGUACAUACGUUAUGUACUUACCAUGACUGCACAGGAGUCAUCAAAGGAGCCUUACAAUGUCCUAUUAUGGGAUUGGGAUCAGACAGCCCAUUUGGCCAAUGUUAUCCAUAUCCAGUCAGUCCUUAUUGCUUAUUGUCCCAACUUCCACAUGUUCAGUUAAAUGCAAUCUUGCACCACUGCUUGGCCAUCCAAGCGAUAUGUUUACCAUUUCUUCCUUUUUAUUGGCUCUCUAGUGCCUGUUCUUACUACCUAUGCUCAGAUGAUAGAUUCUGA